AUAAACAAUUUGAAUUCUUCCUUAGAGUAGUUUUUUAUCAAACAAAAACUUUUUUUAAUAGUGUGAAAAAUCUGAUAGAGUUUCUAAAAAUGCCUUCCCCUCCAUAAAGAAUACGGGAACAGCUGAUUGGUGUAAACAAACCGCUCAUAUAAACUAUUUCCUUUAUAAAUUGCUUAUUACAAAAUGCACCUCAAUGAAAAGACGAAAAUACUGGGUCGCAGGGUCAUCCUGGUUCCCUACGAGGCCCGCCACGUGCUGAAAUACCACGAGUGGAUGAGCAACGAGGAACUCCGGCAGUUGACCGCCUCCGAGGAGCUCACUUUGGACGAGGAGUACGCGAUGCAGAGGAGCUGGCGGGAGGACGACGAUAAGCUGACCUUCAUCAUCCUGGAUGCGGAGAUGUACUCCCGCGAGCAGGACGAGAUUGCCGCCAUGGUGGGGGACACCAAUAUCUUCCUCCACCGAGAUCCGGAUAGCGACCUCCUGGUGGCCGAGGCGGAGAUCAUGAUUGCGGAACCCGGCGCGAGGGGCAAGGGACUCGGCCGGGAAGCCAUGCUCCUCAUGCUCCAGUACGCCCAGUCCCAGCUGAAACUGGACAAGUUCGAGGUCAAGAUCGACAUGGAUAACUCCACUUCGCUGCAUUUAUUCGAGAGCUUUAGGUUUGUGGAGACGGCUCGCGUGGAGGUCUUUCACGAGGUCACCCUGGAGCGGUCCAUCACUCCGGAUUGGAUCAGCUGGCUGGACCAGCAGGGGGAGCUACGGAUCGAAAGCUAUUAGGGGCUCAGUGCCCAGUUUUGUUGGACUCUUGGCAAUAAAUUAAUUUUACAUUUUACUAUAAA